AUGUUCGUGCCCGUCAAAAAGUGCCAAUCGGGAAAUGGUAGGCACAUUUCUAGGCCACCAAACGGGUUCCUAGGCCAUUGCAAACGUUAGCAUCCGAUCGUAGGCUUCAGAAUUUCGUAACGCUAUUCUUUGUUGACUUGGGGGCCCCGCGGCACUGCGAAGCCCUUCUCCAUUUGGUAUUCCUAAAUCAAAGACCUCUGUGUUCUCCAGGAAUCUUCGUCCAAUGGCUAAUGUCCGCGGCGAUCCUUCUGGUCGGCCUCAUCGUCUUCGCCACCCAAGGAUUCCCCGAAUUCGAACCGCUCGCCAUGCUCGGCGGAAUGUUCUGGGCCCUCGGUAAUUGAUUGCACUUUCUCCGUGUCCCCCAAAUGUUCGUUGCCCUGCAGGAAACGCGACGGCGGUGCCGAUAAUGAACUCGAUCGGAAUCGGAAUGGGAAUGCUCGUCUGGGGCACCACGAAUUGCGUGGCCGGCUGGGCCGCCGGCCGUUUCGGCCUUUUCGGCAUCAACGCCACCGUUCCCGCGUCGCCCCUCCUCAACUAUUUCGGACUUUUCUUCGUCGUUUUCGGGUAGGUCACAGUAGCGGCGCAAGUCCGCAAACACCGUCCCAACUGCGUACGUUGCAGCGGCUUCCUCUUCUCUCUGAUCCGUCCGAUCGACGCGAAUUCGUCGGAACGCAGUCCUCUGAUGGCGGCGCCCGACGAGGAACUGGGCGAUGAGGCGGCCGACGAGAGCGACAUUGUGGUGCCACGUGGCGGAGCGGUGCCCGCAAGAGCCCAUCGGAAUCAAAAGAGACUGGCGGCGAUCGCCACGUCAUUAGUGGCCGGACUCUUCUACGGAAUCACUUUUGUGCCCGUCAUUUAUGUGCAGGACCACCCGGAAUUGGUAGGCGAGAAGACAAACGCGCUCCACUGCACCAUUUAGACGAGAAAUUGCUUUAAAAUAACCGAAAUGCUGACAAAAAAUUCAUUAGAGCGCAUUUAGUUAGCAAAUCGCUCAUUUUGUGCAGAAAGAAAACUUCUCUAAAUUUGCACUGGAGCGCGUAUGCAUAAAGAAGUUUAUUAGAGCGCACUUGCUAACCUCGUCUCGAUUUCAGUACCCGACAGCCCCGAAAACCGGUCUCGGAUUCGUCUUUUCCCACUUCACGGGCAUUUUCGCCACCGCCUCCUCCAUAAUGAUCGUCUACGUGGCAAUUUCGAGGGUUUAGCGGGUCUCGCAACGAAAACCUGUUCUCAAUUGCUUUCAGAACAAUCCGUUCGCGUCGGCCCGUCUGAUCGGACCCUCGCUGACCGCCGGAUCCAUGUGGGGCGUCGCCCAAUCGUCGUGGUUCGUCGCCAACGAUAAUCUGUCGCAGGCGGUCUCGUUCCCCAUCAUUUCCAUGGUUCCCGGCGUGAUCGCCUCCCUCUGGAGCGUCUUUUAUUUCAGGUUUGUGUGUAGAGCUCACUUGCUGCUCUCCUCAACAGAGCCCGUUUGCAGAGACAUCGCCGGCGCCCGCAACCUCCGUCUUCUGUUCAUCGCCGUCGCCAUCACAAUGAUCGGAGCGAUUUGCGUGGGCGUCUCGAAAUAA